AAGACCCUCCAUUCGUACUUUCCCCUUGUGCUCCCUCGCGAUCAUUUAUCAUCUCUAAAUCGUUCUCGUCGUCUUCUUCUCCGGCUCCUCAUGUUGUCCAACGGUCUCAUUAUUCCUAUCGCUUCUUAAUUCGCCAUCCGGAAGGAGCCCAUCGGCGCGUGAUUGAAGCCAUGGAAUCGUCUCCCAUUCCCCCGGCUAUUCCCCCAGCCAGCGCCACAAUGGAGGAAUAUCAUACCCAGGAUUCUUACCCGCCUCACGACAAUCGCGUUUCUGAUGAAUUUGAAGAUGCAUCAUUACUUCGAGGCACACAGGUAGAUCUUACGUCCUUGGCGACAGCGGCGCCACAUCAUCGCUGGUCCACGGAUCUUGCUGCGGUGCGCCAAAGUGUGAUACGCCAGGUCUUGGGACUCAACCCAUUCAGGACCUCAUAUUUUGCUCUCUACCGUCCUCUAGAUGAUUGGCAAUCCCGAUUCAUUCUGGUCUCCGGAUUUCUCCUUUCUAUUGCCGCUGGUUUUCCUCUUCCCGUGAUUGGGGUCAUAAUGGGGAAGAUCAUCAACAAUUUCCCCCCCAACGAGGAAGACCUCAAAAUUAGACUGUAUCAACUUAUGGGAACUGCAGUCGGAUACUUCUUCGUUACCUGGGGUUGGUCCGUUUGCUGGGGCAUCGUCGGAGAGCGAGUAUCGCGUAAGACUAGAGAGCAAUUGGUCGAACGUGCCUUGGGCAUGGAUAUGUCCUAUUUCGAUACUGUCGCACCUGACAUGACCAGUAUCCUCACGGAGAAGACUCAAACGAUCCAAUUGGGAACUUCAGAGAAGGUUGGACUGUUCAUCACCUCUAUAAGCUACUUUCUCUCUGCUUUCGCCGUUGGCUUCAUGCUCAAUCCCAGGCUGACAGUUGUGAUGUUCGUUACUGUCAUUCCAUCGAUGACUGCAAUUGUUUAUUUCGGCACAUCCAUUGUAUCACGUUUAUCCAAAUCAGCUGCUUCGUUCACUGAGCGGGCCACUGCCGUUGCUGAGAGCGCAAUCCGCGCUAUCCAGGUAGUUCAGGCUUUUGGCGUCUCUGAGAGACUAGCUCAGGACCACGUGAAGCUUCUGCAAUCCGCGUUACGCGCCGGAAUCAGAAAGUCGAUUGUGGGUGCACUCAGUCUAGGCAGCGUGUGGUUUGUUGCCUACUCUACCAAUGCAUUGGCUUUCUGGUAUGGAAACCAGCUACGUCUAAGUUCGGGCAAUCACAACGGAGAAGCAGGUACUGUUUACGCCGUGGUGUUCCUCAUCCUAGAUGCCUCAUUUGUCUUGGGCCAAAUUGGCCCGUUCAUUCAGACAUUUGCCUCCGCGGCGGCAGCAGGACAAGCAGUGUUUGCAGUUCUGGAUUAUCCACAACCAGACAUUGAUGUCUAUUCUUCCGAAGGGAAGAUGGUUGAUAAAGCAGCCUUCGGAAAUAGACUAACUCUUCGAAAUGUCUCUUUUGUGUACCCUGCCCGACCCACGGCAAGGGUGCUUCAAGGCGUAAACAUACAAUUUGAGGCGGGCAAAGUCACAGGCGUAGUUGGACCAUCCGGAUCGGGCAAGUCGACAGUCAUAUCCCUAAUGCUUCGCCUCUACGACCCAGUCACCGGCCAGGUCAUGCUCGGCGAAGAGGACCUAAAGCAUCUCAACGUAGCCAGCCUUCGUUCUCACAUCGCCCUCGUAACGCAAUACCCCACACUAUUUACUGGAACUAUCCUGGAGAAUAUUAAGCAUGGCAUUCCCGAUCAUGAACAACUCACGGAAGAAGAAUUACUACACAGAUGCGCAUCUGCAGCCACCGAGGCGCACUGUGACUUCCUCGCGUAUUUACCUGAUGGUAUCAAUACUCGAAUUGGAACCGGUCAUCAUUCUCAGUUGUCUGGAGGUCAAAAGCAGCGUAUUACACUCGCUCGAGCAUUGGCUGGCAACCCAUCAUUGCUCCUUCUUGAUGAGUUUACCAGUGCUAUGGAUGCAACUAGCGAGGCAGCAGUGCUAGAGAACCUAAAGCGCAGCUCGGCUGUAUCUGGCAGAACUACUAUCAUUAUAGCUCACAGAUUGGCAACAGUCAAGGAUGCCGAUCGUAUCCUCGUUUUGAAAGAAGGUACAGUUAUUGAAGAUGGUAGCCAUCAGUCGCUAGUCCGACAGAAUGGGACCUACGCAGAACUCAUCAAAGCUCAACAAUUCGAUAAGAAGAGCUUAUCAUCUACUAAUUCAUCUGUCAUCUCAAGCAGGGACUCAGUAAAGCACGAAGAGACCUUCUCUACAAGAGAAGAUACUCACAGCGAUGGUGACAGUGUCAGAGCAUCAACUACAAAUCAAAAGCCCCAGAAAAGCGUGCUUGAGCUGAUCUCCCGGUGUCUUAGGCUGAACCGCAAAGAGACCCCUGCGAUUGGGAUCGGUCUUCUUGCUUCCAUUGUGAGCGGCUCCACAAUAAUAGGAGAAGCCAUAACAUUCGGAAACCUGGUCGAGUUGUUAAACGACCAAUCAGGUUCCUCCAUCCUAGAAUCCAAAGUGUCUAAAUUCUGCUUGAUGUUUUUUAUACUCGGCAUCAUCACACUCGUUUCCCAUACCUGCAGCGGGACUGCAUUUGGCAUAGUGUCAGAGAACUUGAUCGUCCGUGUCCGAGAUGUGUCGUUCCGCACGAUUCUAAUGCAGGAUAUUGCAUGGUUCUCGCAGCCUGGCCAUUCACAUCACAGUCUUAUGUCAAGACUCAACUCGGAGAGUGGACAUAUCAGUGGUCUCUCUGGCGUCAUUCUCGGGACAUUCUUCUCUAUCGCAACUUCUGUAGUUGGGGGUAUUAUCUUAGCCCAUGUUGUAGCAUGGAGAAUUGCUAUUGUCUUGCUGGCAGCAGUGCCCAUCAUGAUCAUGGCAGGCUUCACAAGACUUAAGAUCCUCGCUGUCUCUGAGCAGCGACGUCAAGGCGCGUACAACGAAGCUGCCGCACUAGCUUCCGAGGCCUGCACCGCAAUCCAAACGGUAGCGUCUCUAGGGCGGGAGAGAGACCUACUUCGCAUGUACCAAGAGGCACUUCGGAAGCCCUACGAAGAGAGCAUGAAGUUCACCACCUGGGGUAGCAGCCUUCUCGCCUUCUCGUUGUCCAUUACAUAUUUCGUUUAUGCGCUUGCAUACUGGUGGGGUUCCAAGCAGGUUCGUAAUGGGAAUUACGGCCAACGGGCGUUCUUUACAGUUCUCCCUGCCCUCCUCUUCUCCGCCCAAGCCGCUGGCCAGAUGUUCAGCCUAGCACCCGAGAUAACGCGAGCGCAAACGGCGGCACAGAGUAUUUUCGCCCUCCACGACGAGAAACCUACCAUCAUAAACGAUUAUUCCGACGUAAAACCCGGUGGUAAUCAAGGCUCCAACAACGGAGAUUCAACAACAACAACCGUCCGUGGGGGUGGUUCAAGGUCCCAAGCGACAUUACCAAGGAGAGGAGAAUUAGAGUUUCGGAAUGUCAGUUUGAAGUAUGAGUCCAGGCCAGAUGUAUUUGCAUUGGAUGGCGUUUCCUUUUCGGUCAAGGCAGGCGAGUUCGUGGCCUUCGUCGGUAGAAGCGGUGCAGGGAAGUCGAGUACCAUGCACCUCAUCGAAAGAUUCUACGACCCUACCAGCGGGUCCGUCUUGCUGGACGGCCGUGAUAUUCGCGGGGACUUUGUACAGGACCAUCGAGCGAAGCUGGGUCUGGUCGAGCAGGAGCCUGAUCUUUUCCCUGGUUCGGUCAGGUUCAAUAUUGGUCUAGGGGCAAGACCGGGAAUCGAGGCAACGGAAGAGGAGAUUGUGGCCGUGGCCAAAAAGUGCGGCCUGCAUGAGUUCAUUCUCAGUCUUCCCGAAGGCUACGACACGGAAAUCGGUUCCCAUGGUUCCAAGGUGUCUGGAGGUCAGCGGCAACGGCUUACAAUUGCGAGGGCUCUGAUUCGCGACCCCGAGGUACUUCUCCUGGACGAAGCCACCAGUCAGCUGGAUGCAACGACAGAACAGGCAAUCCGGAAUGCAAUAUCUGCGGCAUCUUCUGGCCGGACCACCAUCAUGAUCGCACAUCGCCUAGCAAGCGUCCAGCACGCCGACCGCAUCUUCGUAUUCGAGCGAGGGAGGAUUGUAGAACAAGGGAAACAUGAAGAGCUGGUGGCUUCCGGUGGUAUAUACGCUGCUAUGGUGGCAGCACAAGAGUUGGAAUAGAACUGCAUCUAGAAUCCCCUUCCCGCGUAGACGUCAUCGCCUUACCCCGU